GUCCUGCUGACUAAAGGUUCGUCACUUCCUCAUUGUAGCGCUGGCGCUGCGGAAGUGUUUGAAAGUGCCAUUGCGCGAGAUUAGCGCGAGCUCCACGCUGCACGAGCUGAUCAAUAGGCCUCCGCACGCGGCAUGUGAUGGAGUGGCAGCCGGAUGAACAAGGCCUCCAGCAGGUCCUGCAUCUCCUGAGAGACUCCCAAUCUCCAAACACAGCCACGCAGAGAGCUGUGCAACAGAAACUAGAGCAGCUGAACCAGUUUCCUGAUUUCAACAACUAUCUCAUCUUUGUCCUGACAAGGCUGAAAACUGAAGAUGAGCCCACUCGAUCUCUCAGCGGUCUGAUACUGAAGAACAAUGUGAAGGUUCACUAUCAGAACUUCCCUCCUGCAGUUGCACACUUCAUUAAGCAGGAAUGUUUAAACAACAUCGGAGACCCUUCCCCUCUCAUCCGCGCCACUAUUGGUAUCCUCAUCACAACGAUUUCCACCAAAGGGGAGCUGCAGACAUGGCCAGAGUUGCUGCCUCAGCUGUGCAACAUGCUCAAUUCAGAGGACUACAACACCUGUGAGGGCUCGUUCGGAGCUUUGCAGAAGAUCUGCGAGGACUCGUCUGAGCUCCUGGACAGUGAUGCUCUCAACAGACCCCUCAACAUCAUGAUUCCCAAGUUCCUGCAGUUCUUCAAACACUGCAGCCCCAAGAUCAGAUCUCAUGCUAUUGCCUGUGUGAACCAGUUUAUCAUUGGCAGAGCGCAAGCCUUGAUGGACAACAUAGACACAUUUAUUGAGAGUCUGUUUGCGCUGGCCGCAGAUGAGGACUCGGAGGUGCGGAAGAACGUGUGCAGGGCUCUGGUUAUGCUCCUGGAGGUGCGGGUGGACCGACUCAUCCCUCAUAUGCGCAGUAUCGUUGAGUACAUGCUUCAGCGCACACAGGACCCAGAUGAGAACGUGGCUCUGGAGGCUUGUGAGUUCUGGCUUACGCUGGCUGAGCAGCCCAUCUGUAAGGACGUCCUGUCUGGACAUCUUGCACAACUGGUUCCUGUUCUGGUGAACGGGAUGAAGUACUCUGAGAUUGACAUCAUUUUGUUAAAGGGUGAUGUGGAGGAAGACGAGGCUGUGCCAGACAACGAGCAGGACAUAAAGCCACGCUUUCACAAGUCUCGUACCGUCACCCUUCGGCAUGAGGGUGAUGAAGGCGAAGAAGGAGAGGAGAGCGACGAUGAUGACGACGAUGACGACGACAGUCUGUCUGACUGGAAUCUACGUAAGUGUUCGGCGGCCGCCCUUGAUGUCCUGGCAAACGUGUUUCGGGAUGAGUUGCUCCCACACCUGCUUCCAGUGCUGAAGGAGCUGCUGUUCCACCCAGAUUGGGUGGUUAAAGAGUCUGGCAUCCUGGUGCUGGGGGCCAUUGCUGAAGGCUGUAUGCAGGAUAUGGUUCCAUACCUGCCAGAGUUAAUUCCUCACCUGAUCCAGUGUCUUUGUGAUAAGAAAGCACUUGUCCGCUCCAUCGCCUGCUGGACUUUGAGCCGCUAUGCACACUGGGUGGUCAGUCAGCCGCCAGACUCCUACCUCAAACCCCUCAUGACCGAGCUUCUCAAACGCAUCCUCGACAGCAACAAGAGGGUUCAAGAGGCCGCCUGCAGUGCAUUUGCGACUCUGGAAGAGGAGGCCUGUACAGAGCUGGUUCCUUACUUGAGCUUCAUUCUAGACACACUGGUAUUUGCUUUCAGCAAGUACCAGCACAAGAACUUGUUGAUCCUCUAUGACGCCAUCGGAACCCUUGCUGACUCUGUCGGACACCAUCUUAACCAGCCAGAAUACAUCCAAAAGCUCAUGCCCCCUCUUAUUCAGAAAUGGAAUGAGUUAAAAGAUGAAGACAAGGAUUUGUUCCCUUUGUUGGAGUGUCUGUCUUCAGUGGCUACAGCACUACAGAGCGGCUUCCUGCCCUACUGUGAACCAGUUUAUCAGCGCUGUGUCACCCUGGUCCAGAAGAACCUUGCUCAAGCCAUGAUGUAUACCCAGCAUCCUGACCAGUACGAGGCCCCUGAUAAAGACUUCAUGAUUGUGGCCCUUGAUCUGCUCAGCGGUCUGGCUGAGGGACUCGGAGGUCAUGUAGAACAGCUGGUCACCCGCAGCAACAUCAUGACCCUGCUCUUCCAGUGCAUGCAGGACACCAUGCCAGAAGUGCGUCAGAGUUCGUUCGCUCUCCUGGGAGACCUGACUAAAGCAUGUUUCCUUCACGUGAAGCCCUGCAUUGCUGAGUUCAUGCCUGUCCUGGGCCUCAAUCUCAACCCGGAGUUCAUAUCUGUGUGCAACAAUGCCACAUGGGCCAUCGGAGAGAUCGCCAUACAGAUGGGUACGGAGAUGCAGCCAUUUGUGGCCUUGGUUCUUAAUAACCUUGUGGAGAUCAUCAACAGACCUAAUACUCCCAAAACUCUGCUGGAGAACACAGCCAUUACGAUUGGUCGGCUGGGAUAUGUGUGUCCACAGGAAGUUGCUCCCAUGUUGCCACAGUUCAUUCGCCCAUGGUGCACGUCACUUAGAAACAUUCGGGACAAUGAGGAGAAAGACUCAGCCUUCAGGGGCAUUUGUGUAAUGAUUGGGGUAAAUCCUGGAGGAGUCGUACAGGACUUCAUCUUUUUCUGUGAUGCUGUGGCCUCCUGGGUAAAUCCAAAAGACGAUUUGAGGGACAUGUUCUACAAGAUUUUGCACGGCUUCAAGGAUCAGGUUGGUGAGGAUAACUGGCAGCAGUUCUCAGAACAGUUUCCACCACUGCUGAAAGAGAGGCUUUCAGCCUGCUAUGGUGUGUAGACACCACCCCUGCUGACAUGGGAAUCAACUAUUAGGUCAAAUCUAAGGGAGGGUUACUGGGGAACUCAUCCAUGUCUGUUUGUGGGAACUACCUGCUGUUAGAGCCAAAGACGUGUGACGGUUUGCGAUCUGGGGCGAUCCCGCUUCCUCCGGCUCUGUGAAAGAGGAUUUGAAAGAGAGUUAAUGUGAAAUCAACCUUCUUACUGUCACAGUUUGGCUUCUGACCUGCUCAGAAUGGGAAUGAAACCUGAAGCUCAGGGAUCUGGAUCGGGAGGGAGGGUUCGUUCAGGCAAGAUUCACCAGCUGCUUAUUGGACAAAACGACGCCAUUCAAAUAGUCCAGCCUUAGCAAACGCCUGGCUUCUCAGCUAGAUGCCAAAAGCACACAAAAACACACACAAACUGCAGCGAGCGGCAUACAUGCUUUAGGCAGAAUGUGCCUGAACAAAAUAUGUUUUCUUAAAGCGACAGAUCACCCGAAAAUGAAAAGUUUCACACCUAAUGUCACUCGGAACAAAAGUAGAUAUCAUCUUUAAGAUGUCGGAUAGCACAAUUGCUCUUUUACGUAUAACAAAAAGUGCAUUAUAGCUGCAACGUUACGAUUUUAAAGUAGUUAUGCAAAUCUUAUGAAGCCAUGCAAAGGUUUGUGUGAGAAAUUGGCUGAAGUUUAGUAGUUAUUUGCUCACUCAAGUCACUAUCCACUUCUGUUUCAUGGAAAAUUUUCAUUUUGGGGUGUACUUUUGUUUAAAAGUUGUUAGUUUAACUAGUAAUUAUAUAACUUUUUUUUUUUUUUUUUUUUUUUUUUUUUUAGUUGGCUAAUGACAAGCAUGCAAUCAUUGACAAAUGCAGUACAUAUUUCUGAAUUUUAUGCCUGCUUGAUUACUUUCCAUGGCUCAAGCUAUAUUUUCAUUCCAUGAACAACCUGCUUGCUUCAUUUAUCGCUGAUAAUUCUGCUGUAAAACCAGUAAAGGAACCAUAACAGAGUUGCUGAUUAUAUGAUGGUCACGUAAUGUCUCAUUAUGCACAUACCUAGUUUUGUUUCCUCAUUUUUUGCUAAUCUAAAAUGCGCAUAGCAAGAACGGCAAUGUGGUUUCUUGAUACAGUGAGUAAUCUUUUUUUUCCUAACUGAUCGCUGUGAUAGUCUGUAUUUAAGCAUUAUUAUUCAUUUUGUGUUGCGAACGUCACGUAAAGAUUGAUCUAAGAAAGCCUGCACCAAGAAUUCACUGUAGAGAUGGAGUGUUUGCCUCUGCUGCUUUUAAAAUUUAAAUUAUAGGGAGUUAAAGAACUAUAAUGCUUACGGAAGUUUAGUUAGUGGUGUUAUUGAUAUGCACUUUCUCUUAUAAGGACUGUCGGGUUCCCCUUCAAAGAUGGGACUCUAGUCAAGUUAUGAAGGCUGUUUUUGUUAAGAGUAAGAAUGCUUGGCUUGUGUAAGGACAAUCUAAUUAAUUAUCACAUCAGAGAAAAAGCUAUUUCUUUAAUGAGCUUAACACUGAGGAGUAUAACUUUAGCAAAGAACUAACCUGUGUUAAUAGCAUGUAAUGUGGUAAGAUUCUUCAGUCUACACAUAUGCAGUUGACUAAUGAAUUGUGGAAAAAUAUACAGUGUAGGAUCAGGAGAGCAGUGUUAGUGAGUCCCGCUUAACUUAAAAUAGAAAAACGAUAUUUGAUUUCAAGUAUAACGUAAUUGGAAGUACGUCAUUCUGUGUCGAGUUUAGGAAAGGUUUCCCAAAACGUUUUUCCCUUCUUUUUAGUCGUUUUGAUUAUAUUUUAGCCGUUGUCGUGGUUUUAAAUGCCUGUUUAAGCAAUAUGCAUGUUCAUCUCUAUGAAUGACAGUUGCAUCUAAAGGUUUCUUCUCUCAUCAUUAAACACUAGCUCUGACAAUCUCAUUUUUUUUAAAUGUAUACAUUUUUGUAAGCUGCUCCACCCUAUAGGGUUUCUUUUCUUUUUUUUAUUUUUAACGUUUAGAUGAUGUAUUUCACAGAUUUGGUAAGCAACCCUGUUAAACAUUUAAUUCAAAAGAACUCGAGUUAAACUUUAAAUGCAUAGUGGAUAUUACAAAUUGUGUGGUCCGAUUUUAAAAUCAUGCUGUAUUUGUAAGUGUUUAGAAUUGGUUAUCUAAAACUGUAAAAUGGAAAAGCCUCACUUUCUAAAUGAUUAAUGCACUGAUGCAUUUGCUCCUGUUACUGUAAUGAAAAUAUGCUGCCAAGCAGGCCUGUGUUCCACCAAGACCUUAUCUUUUUUUUUAUUUUAAUUAUUUUAUUUUAUUUUAUUUUUUUACUUUUUGCUUUUUAUUUAAAAUUGAUUUUAAGUAUUUUUUGUUUAAGUGUUUUAUUAUACUUUUGUUUAAUAUAUUUUGUUUUGUGCAUGUGCACAAAAAUUUUUUUUAGACUUUAAAAGUUUUCCUUUUGCUUUCUUUUUGUUUUAAAGAAUUUUAUUUGGUUUUGUUUAGACAUUUUGCGAUGGAGAAAUGCGUUUAGCUUAUGAUUUUCACAAAGUCUGCUGAAGCAUUGUUUUUUCUCACCCUUCCCACUCCUCAGUUUGGAUGUCGACUUGUUUUUCACUAAUCACCUUUCUUUGAAUUCUUUGAAUGGGGAAAUAAACAUUUUCUGUCAAAUUAAAA